AUGGCGACUGAUAAGACCAAGUCCAACUUUCCGUCAACCGUUGCUGAAGACGGCUGGUCAACGGAGGAAGAAGCAACGGCGACCUGUCUGCGGUGCUGUCCAACUAGCAUUCCCAACUCAAGGCCCAGGCCUCAUCAACACGGCCAGGAGAACCUCAGCAGCUGGGGCCAGGCCAAGACGGUCUCCUCGGGCAACAAGAUGACCAACUUCUUCUGCUCGACCUGCGGCACCCUCAUGUACCGCGUGUCGUCCGGAUACCCAGGAACCAGCAUUUUGCGUAUUGGCACCGUCGACGACUUCAAUCUGGCUGAGAACAAGCUGAAGCCCCGGACCGAGUGCUUCAUCGAGCGGAGGGUGGGGUGGCUGUCGGGUGUCGAGGGGGCGAGGCAUGCGGAGGGGUUCGACCCGUGA